GCGGUGCAAUAAGCUCAUUUUUUUGAGGAACAGCUCAGUAAAGAAUAACACCUUCGCCUCCGUUCGUCAGCGAUUUAAAAAUAUAUUUGAGAAACAUUUCGAAGGACACGAUUGGUUUCUUCGUGCAGAUACAGAUACCUUUGUGAUAAUGGAGAACUUGCGACGCUUUCUCUUUCGCUACGACCCUGAGACCUCGAUAUACUUUGGCCACCGUCUAAAAGCGGACUUUGCCCAAGGAUAUAUGUCUGGUGAAGCUGGAUAUGUCCUCAGCAGAGGAGCUCUACGACGCCUACACCUAUUCGGCUUUAACGACCCGUAUUUAUGCGGCCAUGACUUGAGUUCCUCCUUGAAAUUUGAGGAUAGGGAGCUGGGUCUAUGCCUGAAUCGUGUAGGAGUGAUUGCAGGAGAGUCCCGCGAUGGCGGCGGGCAGGAACGCUUUCUCCCAGUAAUGCCGGAAGGGAUUGCUCCGGGAUGGACCAGUUGGCGACAGUACUCGAUGUCGCUGUACUUUAAGCCAACGACCCGCGCCUGCUGCUCCAGUUCCCUGAUCUCCUUCCACCCGGCCGGUGAAAGUGCCUUUGACCUCUGGGAGUUCUUCGUGCACCGCCUGAGGCUUUUUGGUUACCCAAUGAAGCCACUGAAGCUGCCGCCCCGCCUGGACUUCUGGGCAAUGCAUGCCCAGCUGCGAUAUUGGUCCCAGGUCGUGUCCGAUAACCAUGGCUGA